AUGUUAUAUACAUACAUUUUAGAUGAUAGCAUUAAGAGUCCGACUCUGAUUCUGAGAGCUGAUCACUCGACUAUUUUAUUUCUCCCAGGUUUUUUUUACCAAAUAAAGAACUUCCUUUUUCUUCUGUGGGUGAACCUCUAUAUGAUCACGGGCAUAUAUUUGCAUGACCCUCCCCCUUUUAACGGCCCAUUUUUCAUGACCUCUCCCUUUUUUGAGUCUCAAAAAGUUGUGACCCUCCUUCUGUUUCCACCCCCCUCCCCCCUGCUAAUUUCUGACAAGUCCCUUAGGAUGGAUCGAAUCGUCUUGGGAUCGAUCAUUAUUUUAUCAGCUUGUGGUAUGAACGAAACGUUCUAUUUUUCUCGAUAAAGUUCACUCAACAAAUUUAGAAAAAUUUACUUGACUUUUCAUAUGUGGAACGAACUGACUAUUUGUGAAACGAUCUGACUAUUGAUUGGAACGAUCUGACCAUGGAACGAAAUGACCGUAAACAACUCUCCUAAGUAUAAAUUUUAACAGCGACAGAAGUAUUUUCUUUUCCGCUUGUUUUAUCCAGAUUGGUUAUCCGAUACAUAUCUCAAUACUUCUGUGAUUGUAAACCUUUUUCCGUUUGUCGGUUGAUGCACAAACGCUAAACGCCUUCUCUUCAGUUGCUUCCUUCUCGACAGUCAUGGCUUGGUUUAUGCUUAGUCGGAAAGUUGACAUGACAUUUAAUCGAACUGAGAAAUAAGUGAACUCUAUAUUCCGUCAAUUUUCAGUGAAGAUGCUUUUACGGAGGACGAAGACGAAGAUAAAGACGAUGAUGCGGAAAUUCAUGCGCAAACUGACGAGUCGGAUUAUCCUGAAAGGUAAACUGCAUGAUUCCACACAUUCAACAAACAGCGUUUUUACUCCUUUUCGACUAAGGACUAAUUUUCAUACUGAGCCGAACAGAAUCGUUCACUGAGACCAGACAUAUCUCUCUGUCUCAGAAAUAAUUUCCCAAAUACAUGAUGACAUCAGACAUGCUUCUCUCUUCACCAAGCGUCGUUUAGGUACUAAACUAUCAAAUCAGUUGACCAUUCCCUGAGCUACAAAACCAAAAGCCCGCGGAGCGUGGACAAAUGACACAUUUCCCUCAUGAAUUGCCACCAACCUCGGCAUCGGAUAGUGAAGUCGUUAACAAGUUACUUUCUACAACUUUAGACCUUUGAUCGCCCAUCUUUAAUUCUUUCUCAGUACCUCCUUGAAAAAAUUCGAAGGAUAGUGCUAUUAAAAAAAUUUAUUUUACGAAUCUGUCAGCGCAACUGUCAAUCAACUCGCAAUUAGGGUUAGGCGACCUUUUAUCGCCCAUCUUUCAUUCUUUCUUGAUGCGUCUCCUCCACGGAAUCAUGUCAGAGCACUUCCUUACAAAAUAUUGACGCAUAGUGCUAGUCAACAAUUUACGCGCUCCAAUUUUUUAAUCGCUACAGUCCUGAUUGUUGCUUAUGACUAACAAUCUAUUCCUUUCCUUUCAGUCUAAACCCAGUUUCUCAAGAUGACGAUGAAAACGACAAUGCAGAGUUAGAGAAUCCAGAAAGGUAAACCAUACUCCAUGCAAUUGAAAACUGAUUGAUUCGAAACUUUUCUGGUGUAUUUUUUCCCUUUAGUUGACGCCAUUAUUGAUAAUAAAAAAGAUAUACCAUUAUUUAAACUAUUUUCAUAUUUUCGUAAAGCCUACACACUCAGACAGCUGUUCAUAAUCACUGCCAGAAAAAAGAAAGGCUGACCGUCGUUUUGAGUCAUUUUCUAAUUUUUUCAAGUAAUAGAGGCAAGAAAACGUCGACUUUUUCAAGUUUCAUUGCAUUUUUUUCUACUUCCUACCCGCCCUUUAACGAACAAACUUCUUAACCGUUUUUUUUUUCGUGCAUUACUAGGUGACUAUUUCCUCUGUUUAGACUCUGUUGAGUUUAGGAAGAAUUGCAUCUUGGUGACUCCACUCCUUUGAUUUUCACCUAAUCCGGCAGGAAACGAUUGACCAAGGAAUUCGACCUUUAACUUUAUGAUACUAAUUGUUUAAAAACAUUUACUGAAAAACUGAAAUAUGUUAGCAAGUGUAAGUCACAACCAUUUCAACAAAUUUAAACGUUGCAGCGCUGACUUGCACGCGUUCUGUUUGAAAAGUGAAAAAAUGUUCACAUCAUUGUAAAUAACUAACGAAUGUCUUUUGUUUUCAGUGUUUGCAUGACAACACGCAGGCCAGCAGCAGAUCCGAAGGCUUUAUAUUGGGGCCCCCGCAGACGCCAACUAAGCUCCUAUCGACGCCGACCCAUCUUCUAUCGACGCAGAUAUUACUAUCCACGCCGACGCAUCUUCUAUCGACGCAGAUAUUACUAUCCACGCCGACGCAUCUUCUAUCGACGCAGAUAUUACUAUCCACGCCGACGCAUCUUCUAUCGACGCAGAUAUUACUAUCGACGCCGACGAAGCUACUAUCGAUGCAGAUAUUAUACACGCCGACGAAGCUCCUACCGGCGUCGCUAUAUUGGAAAAAAAUGA